CCGCGCCUAGCCCGAUGCUCUGCCCCAGGCUCCGUUCCCUAACGGGAGGGAUGUCGCCGGCGUGGCGGGGAGCAGGAUGGGCCAGAGAGGCCACUGUAGGGCUACAGCGGCUCACAGGGGAAAACUCAGCUUUGUCCUGGAACGUCGGAGAGAGCUUGUGAUUUCUGUAACUUUGGUACUUUGCAGUGAGUAGGUCCUUUCGGCUCUCCACACCAGUCCUUUGUGACUCUAGCCACAAAUGACUCCUAUGUGAAAGGAGCACUGGUACUUGGUUCAUCCUUACAACAGUAUAGAACAACAAGGAAGCUGACUGCACUCAUAACUCCUCAGGUCUCAGAUCUUAUGAGCAGACACUUCGAAUUUUAUCAUGGGAGAAGCAAGCAGAACUGAAGUAGCACCAAGUAUGUCAAAUCAGCAGCUGAACAGAGGCAUCUAACAAGGUCACUACAGUACAUCAAAUGAAAUUAAGAGGCAACUGCUUCCUACAGCCUCCUUAGAAUAGUGUCACUAUGGAAUGGACUGGAUUCUUUCCACAUGAAAGUGCUGGAAAAAGUCUUUGAUGAAGUUAUAUUGGUAAAUGUCUUGGAUAGUGGGGAUUCAGCACACUUGGCGUUAAUGAAAAGACCUGAGUUGGGCAUCACACUAACAAAGCUUCACUGCUGGGAGCUGACACAGUUUUCAAAGUGUGUUUUCAUGGAUGCAGACACAAUGGUUUUGUCAAAUAUAGAUGAGCUUUUUGAGAGAGAAGAGCUAUCUGCAGCACCAGAUCCAGGCUGGCCCGACUGUUUUAAUUCGGGAGUUUUUGUUUACCGACCUUCCAUUGAAACAUACAGUCAGCUGUUACAGUUUGCCACAGAGAAAGGCAGCUUUGAUGGUGCAGAUCAGGGGUUAUUAAACACGUUCUUCAGCAGCUGGGCAACAACAGACAUGAGCAAACAUCUACCGUUUAUUUAUAAUUUGAGCAGCACUUCUGUAUAUUCCUACCUUCCAGCAUUUAAAGCGUUUGGUGCAAAUACUAAGGUGGUGCAUUUCCUGGGAAGCACAAAGCCAUGGAACUAUACAUAUGACUCCAGAACAAAACGCAUAAAGGGCAACAUGGAUGACCCUAAAAUAGUUCACCCAGAAUUCCUCAAUAUGUGGUGGGAUACCUACAUAUCUGAUGUUUUACCAUUACUAGAACAGCAUGGAAUUGUUAAAGAAAUUACUACAGGGGUAAAUAUGCUAUCGGGCUUGGUCAAUACUCUGGCUUUCUCUUGUGGCUUCUGUAGAGAGGCAGAAGUUACAGAGGCAGUGUCCCACGUAUCAGUAUCACCACUAUUACCAACUGAAUCUUCAGAAGAACGCAAGGAAAGGUGGGAACAGGGCCAAGCUGACUAUAUGGGAGUGGAUUCCUUUGACAACAUCAAGAAGAAACUUGAUACUUACCUUCAGUAGAAGUGCCUGUCUCAAACAGUGGUGAUGCAAGGACUUGUUCCAGAACUAACAGCUAGAAAGGUAUAGAUGGUGGUCAGUUACACUUGCUAGUAGCUUGAGGAAAAACUUCUUGGCUGAAGACCUCUGCAGUGCUACAGAUGAAGACUGAGCAAAAGCUAGGAAGCAGAAUCCUUGGGCCACCUAUUACUGCCCCAUUUCCAAUUCUCCCUACUAGAUAAAACCAGGUAUUUUCAGCUUAAAGUUUCUUCUGUUUUGAUCAAUUGGCUCAACAUAUUCUUUAAACUGGGUUUGUUACCUCACCUCAUUAGGUGAUUAGCUUUGAUUCCUUUGCUUGCUGUUUUAGAUGUAAAAUCUAAUUCAUGGGAUUGCUCAUACACUGGAGUGGUAGCCAUUCUGCUUUACCAUAAAUGUAUUAAUGACACUGGGAUACAUACAGUUGUAACAGUAAUAGCACUGCUUUGCUCUUCCAGUCACAAUUGCACUGAAAUUUUGACCAGGUUCUUACGCACAGUGCCUGCAGCAUGGCAAAAUGCGUUUUUCGGUUCUGUAUACUAUGGGACUAGUAAACUGAGUUUUAUCUGUUCCUUGCAAUGUUGCACUUGAUACAAAAAUAAAAAGUUGUCAUGCA